CUUGUUCAAAUGUCCACGCUGAUAAGACAGACUGAACCUGUAGCCCUCCUGCAAAAGCUCAGUUUGGUGUUUAUUGCAAGAGAGGUUUUUUAUUUUUCUUGGGAGAGUGCAUGUGAUCAGCACAGGGACAAUCAGCACUGUCCAGACAGAGGUCAGGGGUUCUGCAUCCUCCUAGAGCAGAAAGAAAACUCCUUUUACAAGCUUUGACCAGUGCUCUGCUGUUCACUGAUAGAAGUCACAAGACUGCUAUAUACUGCUGAUGAGAAAAGGCAUUUAGCAGUUUAUAUUGACUAAAAUAAUUGCAUUUCCAUGUUCUGUGGUCUGGGGAGACCAGAUAUAGUGAGUGCAGGGUCCGGGGAGACCAGAUAUAG